UUUGUCCUUUCCCCCCUGCGACGAGUGCCCUGUGUGCCAGAGGAGGUGGGGACACCUGCCCAGGAGCCGUCGAGGAAUCCACAAAAAUCGAGGGAUCCGCACGGAGAACGAGGCUGCUCUGCAGUAGGAAGCUUGAGAACCCAGCGAGGGGGGUUUUGCAGCCGCUGCAGCCCCGUGUCCGUGCUCUCCGCAGGGCUGUGCUGCGCGGGGCCCGGCGCCGAUGGCAGAGGAUGUCCAGCACUAACAACAUCGCGCAGGCCCGCAAGCUGGUGGAGCAGCUCCGCAUCGAGGCCGGCAUCGAGAGGAUCAAGGUCUCCAAAGCAUCCUCGGAGCUGAUGAAUUACUGCGAGCAGCAUGCUCGGAAUGAUCCACUCCUGGUGGGAGUUCCUGCUUCUGAGAAUCCCUUUAAGGACAAAAAACCCUGUAUCAUCCUAUAGCUGUGGAUCCCUCUGGAAGGGAAUCCCCAUCCAGCCUCUGGAUCCAGGCUCCUCCACACCUCCACCUGCACCCAGGGGUAAAAACUCAACGCUGGCUUCAAACAGAACUUAAAAAAAUCCCGAGAAAAAACAAAAAAAACCUGAAAAAACAAAAAAAAAUUCAAAAAAACCACCCCAAAACAAGCUGAAAAGAUCAAUUUGGAAGCGGGGGUUUUUAGGGAAAGGGUGGCUGCUUCAUGGGAAGGAAAGUGGGAUUGAGAAUUGGAAUUGGGAUUUUUUAAAUUUACCCGGGGUUGAGGGAGGAAAGGAAAGGGGGGGGAUUUUUUUUAUUGGGGUAUUUGGAUUUGGGAAGGGGGUGGUGCAGGAGGAGGUGAGGGGUCAUUCCCAGUGGGAUGUGAGAGCUGGAUCCCAUCAGAGCCCAAUCAGCAGGAAUUUCCUCUGGAGAAGGGGUGAGGUGGGAAGCAUUUUGUAGAAAAUUAGUACAAAAAAAAAAAACC